GUUCGAAAACCAAAAUGUAUCUCUAUUCAAUUGCACUAGCAACCUUCCUCGUGGGAACCAGCCAGCAUUUUGAGCUUUCAUCCACUGUGAGCCCCAUCGACCCGCCUUACGAAGAUGAUCCGAAGAAUUUUGAGCACCAACACGCAACCGGGUUCCUGUGCAGCAAUUCCACGUACUACAUGUUGAAUCGCACAUAUACGCCACAACCUCCAAGUGAAUGCGUAUCCGUGAACGUUACGUCGGGGCUUCGUAACGGCACGUAUCAGGCUCUUCUCGGGCACCGCUUUAACGGCUCAAGGGAAAUAUCCAUCCUGAACAUAACCGUUCGUCCGUUUACCUCUGAGCCGCACACUGAGGAUAAUGCGCUUCUCUUCAACAUUUCAACUCCUCAGCCGCCGUUGUAUAAAUUUAUGUAUAUCAACUCAAACAAGACAUGUGCUGUUCUGCGCGCAACGCAUCAACAAAAUGGGAUAGGCUGCGAAUUGUUUUCAGCGGGACCCCCUCCUUUUGUUCCCCAAGAUUGCAAGGACGUCUACCUAAACAUAAGUAACUGCCCCAACACAACAUCUGAAGUAUGGAAAGAAGACUGCAAAUACGAAGUCUAAUAGUAGAUAGCGAGAUCUCCAUCUAGAAAGAAAUGCUUAGUUGUUUGUACCAGUAAACUAGUAUUUUAGAAGUA